UUAAAGCAUAACCAAAUCCUUCACAUUUUAGUGAAAAAAACAUGGGAAAGUUAGGAGGAAUAGCCCCUCUCAUGGCCACUCUAGUAGUGGCUUUUGUCGCCCUUACCAUGCCGGUGUUGAUCUCGGCUGAUUACAAGUAUGCCUCACCACCACCACCUCCCUACCAAUACACCUUUCCGCCACCGGCUCAUCAUGAGAUGCCUAAGGAACACUACCCACAUCCACACCAUGAUAAGCCUAAAAAACAUUUUCCUCCUUAUCAUCAUUAUGAUAAGCCCCCGCACCAUAAAAAACCUAAGGAACAUUAUCCGUGGCCAAAACCUUCUCCGGGUUACAAGUCACCACCUUAUUAUUAUUCACCACCAUCUCCAGUGUACAAGUCUCCACCACCAACUCCGGUGUACAAGUCUCCUCCUACAUAUUACCCCCCUCCAACCCCGGUGUACAAGUCUCCUCCUAUGUAUUACCCCCCUCCGACCCCAAUCUACAAGUCUCCACCACCAUCUCCAGUGUACAAGUCUCCUCCAACGUAUUAUCCCCCUCCAACCUACAAGUCACCACCAACUCCGGUAUACAAAUCACCUCCUAAGUACUAUCCACCUCCAACCCCAGUUUACAAGUCUCCACCAGUGUACAAAUCACCUCCUAAGUACUAUCCACCUCCAACCCCAGUUUACAAGUCUCCACCAGUGUACAAAUCACCUCCUAAGUACUAUCCACCUCCAACCCCAGUUUACAAGUCUCCACCAGUGUACAAGUCUCCUCCUACAUACUACCCACCAACUCCUAUCUACAAGUCCCCUCCAGUGUACAAGUCUCCACCAGUUCACAAAUAUCCACCUCCAACCCCCGUGUAUAAGUCUCCUCCAGUAUACAAGUCUCCACCAGUUUACACGUAUCCACCCCCAAGUCCGGUGUACAAGUCACCUCCACACUACUACUACCCACCUCACCCUAUCUACAAAUCUCCCCCGUUUCACAAACACCCACCGCACCUCCACCACCACCCAAUUUACUCAUCUCCACCAAAGUCGCACCAUCACCCGUACCCUCACCCUCAUCUCCACCCCCAUCCUAAGCCUGGCUACCAUUCACCUUCCCCUCCUUAUGCCUAUACUUCUCCCCCGCCUCCUUACCACUAUUAGCUUGAGUUGACUCUUGUUUUAAAUUGUUGACAAGGUAAAUGGCAGCUAUUUGAUUAAUACAAGUUCAGAAAAACGGCACGCAAGUAGUCUAAGGGAAAGAAGGAGAAAAAACAAGACUGUAUUGUCACAAUAAAUCAAGUUAGGGAGUGAAUUAUUUUCUUGUAUUCCUAGGGUUGUAUUCAGUUUCGAACUUAUGCAACUCAAGCACCAUGUAAUAAUAUGUUUGUCAUAAAUUAUUAUAAUUAAUAGUGUUUUUUAUUGUUUAAGCUACAACAUAAUUCCUCCUAUGUCCUGAAUUAAUAAAAUUCGAAGUAUGUUUAUCCCA